UUGUCCUUCUCUAUCUCUUUUUCCAUUACCUUUUCACUUUUUUCCUUCCUUGUCUCUUUUUCCAUUACCUUUUCACUUUUUCCCUUCUCUAUUAUUUUUUCCAUUACCUUUUCCCAUUUUUCCUUCUCUAUAUCUCUUUCCAUUAGCUUUUCCCUUUUUUCCUUCCUUCUUUUCCCCUUUUUCAUUCUCUAUAUCUCUUUCCAUUACCUUUUUCCAUUUUUCCUUCUCUAUCUCUCUUUCCAUUGCCUUUUCCUUUUUUUCUUUCUCCAUAUCUUUUUCCAUGACCUUUUUCUCCAUUUUCUUUCUCUAUAUCUCUUUCCAUUAGCUUUUCCCCUUUUUCAUUCUCUAUAUCUCUUUCCAUUAGCUUUUCCCCUUUUUCAUUCUCUAUAUCUCUUUCCAUUAGCUUUUCCCCUUUUUCAUUCUCUAUAUCUCUUUCCAUUACCUUUUUCCCAUUUUCCUUCUCUAUAUCUCUUUCCAUUAGCUUUUCCCCUUUUUCAUUCUCUAUAUCUCUUUCCAUUACCUUUUUCCCUUUUUCCUUCUCUAUAUCUCUUUCCAUUAGCUUUUCCCCUUUUUCAUUCUCUAUAUCUCUUUCCAUUACCUUUUUCCAUUUUUCCUUCUCUAUCUCUCUUUCCAUUACCUUUUCCCCUUUUUCAUUCUCUAUAUCUCUUUCCAUUACCUUUUUCCCUUUUUCCUUCUCUAUAUCUCUUUCCAUUACCUUUUCCCCUUUUUCAUUCUCUAUAUCUCUUUCCAUUACCUUUUUUUCCUUUUUUUCCUCCUCUAUAUCUCUUUCCAUUAGCUUUUCCCCUUUUUUCAUUCUCUAUAUCUCUUUCCAUUACCUUUUUCCCUUUUUCCUUCUCUAUAUCUCUUUCCAUUAGCUUUUCCCCUUUUUCAUUCUCUAUAUCUCUUUCCAUUACCUUUUUCCCUUUUUCCUUCUCUAUAUCUCUUUCCAUUAGCUUUUCCCCUUUUUCAUUCUCUAUCUCUCUUUCCAUUGCCUUUUCCCUUUUUUUCUUCUCUAUCUCUCUUUCCAUUGCCUUUUCCCUUUUUUUCUUCUCUAUAUCUCUUUCCAUUACCUUUUUCCAUUUUUCCUUCUCUAUCUCUCUUUCCAUUGCCUUUUUCUUUUUUUCUUUCUCCAUAUCUUUUUCCCUUUUCCCCUUUUUCAUUCUCUAUAUCUCUUUUCAUUACCUUUUCCCUGUUUCCUUCCAUAUAUCUCUUUCCAUUACCUUUUCACUUUUUUGCUUCUCUGUCUCUUUUUCCAUUACCUUUUCCCCUUUUUUCUUUCUCUAUAUCUCUUUCCCUUACCUUUUUCCCUUUUUCCUUUACUGUAUCUAUUUCCAUUACAUGUUUCUCAUCUUCCUUUCCCAUAUCUCUUUCCAUUUUCUUUUCCCCUUUUCCUUCUCUGUAUCUCUUUCCGUUCCCUUUUUGUCUUUUUUCUUUCUCUAUAUCUUCCCUCCUCUGAAUUUCCCCUCCUCAUAUUUCUUCUUUCAUCUUUCUAGCUCCCCCGUUAUUUCUCAUAUCCCAUAUCUUUUUUUAACAUUUUUCGCUGCUUUUUUUUUUUUUUAUCUUUUUCCACCUCCUUUUUAUUCACAGCUGUCCACACACUCAAGUAUUCUUCUCAUCUUUCAUGUUCUUUGUCUGCUUCCUGCUUCCUUUUCACCAAUAUGA